UGAGAUCGUUGUGACUCUUUGGAUUAGCUAGCAGCACACUGAGUACCUUCACAACCGUUUUGACAUGUUGACGGAUCUGCCUCUAAGGAUUGAGCAACGAGUAAACUGAAUUCGCGACACCGUCUGAACAACAUCGUCGGUCGAGUGAGCGGCACGUCAACAUGAGGAUUUUAAGGUUCCUGAGGAGCAGCGUGUCCAUAGGAAAGGACAUAGACUAUUACUCCAAAUUUUCACCCUCCCCUCUUUCAAUGAAGCAAUUUUUGGAUUUUGGCUCAGAAAAUGCAUGUGAAAAAACAUCAUUCGCCUUCCUUAGACAGGAGUUGCCUGUGAGGUUGGCAAACAUCAUGAAAGAGAUCAACUUAUUGCCAGACAACUUGCUAAGAACUCCAUCAGUCCGGUUGGUCCAGAGCUGGUAUAUGCAAAGUCUUCAGGAGAUUAUUGAGUUCAACAACAAAAAUGCAGACGAUGAAAAAGUCACAUAUGAUUUCACAGAUGCUGUGAUAAAAAUCAGAAAUCGACACAAUGAUGUAAUUCCCACCAUGGCUCAGGGAGUCGUGGAGUACAAAGAGACUUACGGCACGGACCCAGUGGUCAGCCAAAAUGUUCAGUAUUUUCUGGAUCGUUUCUACAUGAGCAGGAUAUCCAUCAGGAUGCUGCUUAACCAGCACACACUCCUCUUUGGUGGGAAGGUGAAAGUGAACCCAGCACAUCCUAAACAGAUUGGCAGUAUUGAUCCAAACUGUCGUGUCAGUGAGGUUAUCAGAGAUGCCUACGAAAAUGCACGAAAUCUUUGUGACCGGUAUUACAUGAACUCUCCUGAGCUGAUACUGGAGGAAUUCAACGUCAAAGAACAGGGAAAGCCCAUCACUAUGGUUUACGUUCCAUCUCAUUUGUAUCACAUGGUGUUUGAACUUUUUAAGAACGCCAUGCGGGCCACCAUGGAGUUAUAUGGCGAUGCCAUGGAGUAUCCUGCUAUCCAUGCACAGGUUGCUCUGGGAACUGAAGAUCUGACAGUCAAGGUGAGUGAUCGCGGAGGAGGCGUGCCGCUACGGAAGAUUGACAGGCUGUUCACCUACACAUACUCCACAGCUCCUCGACCCAGCAUUGAUGGUUCACGUGCUGCUCCUCUGGCUGGCUACGGGUAUGGUCUGCCCAUCUCUCGACUGUAUGCGCGGUACUUUCAAGGGGACCUGAAGCUGUACUCUCUGGAGGGUUAUGGAACUGAUGCCGUGAUCUACAUUCGGGCACUCUCCACAGAGUCUAUCGAGAGGCUUCCUGUGUACAACAAGUCAGCGUGGAAACACUACAAGACGAUGCAUGAGGCCGACGACUGGUGCGUCCCGAGCAAAGAGCCCAAGGACAUGACAACGUUUCGUAGUUUCUAGAAUCAAAUGACAAACGGUCCGGUAGCAAAGUGUGCAAGAGAGGUUGUAGUAAUUGAAUGGUUUGGGUGUGCGUGUAAUGCUAGUCAAUCAGUUAAGAUUUCUUUGUCCAGUAAGUAAAUAGAAAGAAUAAUAGAACAAAGUUUUAGUGCCAUAUAUUUCAUAUAGAGCAGUAGUUUUUGGUAUAAACAUUGUGGAGUUGAGCAACUUUCACUCUAAAAAAAAAAUCCUACUUCUAUAACUGGGAAUAACCAGGACCAGCUUUCUAGAGAGACACGCCGCUGUUCAAAGUGAGGCCCAACCAAUACUACAUUUUUGAGGUCAGUACUUUUUCAUUGAUAUUUGAGUCUUAAAAAAAUCUUGACUGAUUGCUUGACCAAUACUUUAAAAAAAAAAUCAUAAACAUAUAAAAUAAGCACACUUUUUUUUAUUUAUUUUUUAUUCAGAGCCCUUAAAAUUGGUUAAGAAUUGUCAAGACGUGCUGAGCAGGACAUUUUACAGUGUAAAAAUAAACUUGUCAGUACUCCCUGGUGGACAAACUAUGUAACUGCAACACUUUCUGAAGAUGCUUAUGAACAAUAAUAAUAUAUCAGUGAUAAGCUACAUAAAUUGGAUCAAUGUAUCAGUCAUUUUUGAAAUUACGUUUCAGCUAAAGCAUGACCAAAAUGUUAUGUUUAUGCUUUGAGAACAACAAAAAAGUUUCGACUUUCAUGUACAAGGGUGACAGCAGAGGUUUCAGCAGGAAAUCCCACCUCCUGAAACUGCAUGGUGAGAUACCAUUCGUACAAAAGGAAAAUACAGUACAUUUCUGUAAUUUAGGUCAACUCGUCAUUUAAGGUAUGAACUGUUCAACUUUACAGUUUGCAGUUUGCUCUACUAGUUGACAGCUUCUCCUUGUUUGCUUCGCUGCUUUUAUUUUGCUGAAAGGUGAACUUGGUUCAGCUCUGCCCAUCCAUUCUCCUCUGUGUGAAGUUUGAUACUUUGGAAGAAAAGGAAAACUUGUUACACAAUUGAUUGCUGCUUGUUUUUUAAAAAAUCUGUUGGGAAUUUCUGCAGAUAAGUCUUGUGUUCUCAAAAUGUUUUCAUUUAGGGCAUUUCUUCUUCAGCUGAAUGAUUUAUACAAGCAAUGAGAUCAAAAGUGUUGAUUUGCCAUAUGUAAAGGGUAAUCACCUUUUUUUCCUGCGAGUGAAACAGAAUAAUGGAAUGCGACACAGCUAAAGAAAAAUAUGCAUGCUGAUGUCUUUAAGUGGGUUUGCAACAUAUUAAGUUAUCAUUAGUCCUCAGUUCAUUUGCAAAUAAGGUGCUGCGGAACAAGGUGAAUCCUUUUUUUUUUCCUCAGUAGUUAUAUCACUCAAUGUUACAGCAAAAUAAAGUAUUUGGGUUUCUGUGGUUGUAUUAUUAGGACUUAUCCUGAUCAAUAAGAUACAAUUCAACAGUUACACUGUAUUGAUUAUGUUCAAUAAA